GGACUGGACCUGAGUUCACACAGUCUUUCUGAAGACUGCAUCUCGAAGUGACAGAUCAGAAGUGGUAUUUGAACCAGUAUUAGAAGUGAAAGACUGUGUGAAGUCAAGAGGAAACAGGUGAAAGAGGUAAGGACGUGUGAGGCUGAGCUGAGAAUCAUCAAAAACAGAAAGAACGAGAGAAAGCGAGAAACAGACGAGCACACAGACACAGACAUGGUUGAGUUCAUAACAGAUGAAACAGAGAUUAAAGGAAGAAAAAAAGGAACUGCAAAAGUCUGAGAGGAAAACACACACACGCACACAUGCAUAGAUCCCCAGUGAUGACGUGACACACAUAUAUCCGUUUUCACAUAUUCAUACCCAGCCGGCUGCUGUCAUGCUGCUCAGAGUCAGUGGCAGCUAUGAGUGAAGGCAGAGUGAGUGCAGGACCAUGACCUCCAACAUGAACCGUAAGACCAUCCUGCAGUCGCAGAGGAGCCUGGACACUUACCAACCCCCCAGGAAGGGUCUACGCUGGAGACGGGGAUCUUUAAAUCAUGAAAAACAGUCGAAAAACCGAGAGUAUACUACAGGGACGCUGACACGGGGACGUGACCAGCUCAGCCGAUCAUAUUCCAACUCUCUGGUGGACUACGAAGAUCCUCAGAGGACAACGUUUGUGUUGGAAAAACAAGACAAUGAAGCAUAUGGAUUUGAAGUUCAGACGUAUGGCAUUCAGCUGAAUAACAGCAACGAGUUGGAGAUGUGUACGUUUGUCUGCAGCGUGCAGGAGGGUAGUUCUGCAGAAACAGCAGGCCUGACUGCGGGUGACAUAAUACUGACGGUAAAUGGUAUCAUCAUCAAAGGAUACACCCAUCAGCAAAUCAUCGAACUGAUCCGAGAGUCUGUCAACAUGCUCAAAAUGGAGACAGUCAAUGGCAGUGUGGUCAAAAGAAUUGAACUAGAGAAGAAGAUGCGCAUGCUUAAGCAAAUGCUGCAUGAGAAACGGUUGGAACUGCAGGCACUCACCCUACAGGAAAAGCGUCUUACUCGAGGGAAUCUGAACGUCAGCUCUGAGCACCCAUCCAUGGACUCUCUCAUGUCUCUGUCGUCUCCUACGAGUCGGUCUGGACAUCGUUUCUCCAGUGACAGCAGCUGGCCGAGCGUGUUGACAGACGAGGUCGGCGAGGACGUGUUCGAUGACCUCAGCCCAUGCAGCCCUCACAAACCCAACUGCGACUUAUUCAAUACUAUGUUUCAGCCAGAGGGGGUGCCACUGAGGCCGGCUCUGUCUCGCACCCGCAGCAUCAGCAGUGGUAGCAGCAGCAACAGCUGCCAGUCGCCUACGUGGGAUAACAGCCGAGUGUCCUCGUCUUCCUCCAGCUCCGUAUUUGCCACGCUGCCUCGCCGAGGCAGGAAGGGCAGCAUGAGGAAAAACCUGCUGAAGUUGUUACCUGGACUGAAUUAUUCUCUCGAAGAGGAGGAGGCCAUCUGAUACAGACUGCUAGCAUGAAGCUGAACAGAAUUAGAGUUCUUCUAAGGGGUACAGAAUGUGAAAAGUGAACGUCUGAUGCUUGAAAGACUUCAUGUCUUUCUUUCUUGUCCAGGCUAAUACUGAUUUGUCUGAAAAUGCCAUUUAAAAAAAAACUAUCAAAACAUGUCAAAAGGUUUUCUGUCCAGAUUGAAAUGCAGAAACGACAGGAAGCCACGUGUACAGUGAGCAAGUGCAUGUUUGCACACACUACCUGAGCCAGGUUUACGUAGUUCAUGUUUACAUCAAAAGUUAAACAGUUUGAUGUGGUCUGUAGAACCAGAAAAGAAGGCUAAGGGGGAAAAAAAACAUAGAAAAGGAAAGACGCUUGGCAAUGCUACUGAGCGUGUAGCGGUCUGCUGCACAACAGUGAAUACAAAGCAAGCAAUCAAUCCAUCCUUCAGGUGGGAAUGCUGUGCUGAAAUCUUACUUGUGAUUGAGUGGCGUUGAUUCAUUUUCUACCACAGCAGCCCUGAAAGUAGUGCAACUGCAAGACACCAAAAAAAAGAAAUCAUCACAAUCUAAAACUCAUAAUCUAUCCAUAGCCAAAUCCAUAACAGAUUGCUCGUUUAUUUUUAUUUAAUUAUGGAAAGAGUCUCCAGUGUCAGUCAGGUUUUCCACCUUCAGGAUUUAUAUAUUUUUUUAAUGAAUUUCAUGAGAGAAGAAAGAGAGAUGAGUGAGGGAACGACUGCAUCACACCACUAUCACUGCACUGAUUAUUUUCCUACAACAGCACACCCUAUUGUUUUUUAUUCCUAAAUUGUUUCAUGAGUGACCAAGACAAAUAACAACAUGAACAGUCAAAUGAACUUGUGUUUUGUUUUUCUGAUGCAGCAGAUCUUGGAUCAGUGGCUUAUCUCUGGACAUUUUAUGAAUUUAUAGAAUCAGAAUUUAUAAAUACCUUCUUUCAUAAGUGUAAAAAUGGCUUUUUUCCCAUUAACUUUAAAAAAAAAAACAGUAUUAGUUAUGGACAAGACCUCAACAUAUUCACCAUUCUGGAACAUGUAGCAUUCUAGUCGUGACAUUCUAGAACCCAAGAUAUUCUCGAACCGAGCCCCGUAAUGGCUUGUGUCAAUGUAGGACAAGCCACACGUCAGCAUUACACGCACACACAAAAUAUAAAUAUAUAAUGUGUGUAUAUAUGUAUUCUUCUGCAUGCUAACACACCCAUGUAUGUAUGACAGUAGCACAAAGUGCAGAAUAACAAAUACAUUGAACAUUAAAAACAUGAGUUUUUAAAAAUUUUGUUUGUGAAGUGCAGCAUGUAAACUGCUUUUCAUUCACAUGAUGGCUUUCUUUUUAAAACCUGCAUUAAAGCAUUGUAUGGGAACAGGAGAAAGUGUGAGAAUGAGACUCGUGUGAUCAUGCAAUUUUCCGUUUGACCCACAUGUGUAUAUCACUGUGUGUAGCAAUAAAUAAAACAAAGAAAAAAUGUACAUAAUAAAA